AUGACCAGCUCGCCACCUGGACUUGCCCGACCCUGGUCGCCCGCGGCCAAUUAUCCCAGUCGCCCGACCUCCCCAUCACAUUCUCGAUCACCACCUCGUUCCAUGCCUCCAUCGCCAUCGCUGCAGCCGGAGCGAUUGGAACGGAGCCGAGCAGAGCAGUCUCUGCUGUCCCUGCUUGAACGGGAACAGUCUUUGUUGACAGUACUCGAAAACGAGCAGAAGCGCGCCGGCAAGCCGAGGCGUCGUCAACGUUCAGUCACAAUCUCGGAUGUAGACCGAAGUGCAUCCCCGACGCGGCCCUCCACCCCGGUAUUCGAUCCGAGAUUAUCAACAAACCCAGUGCAUGCAAUGGACUCCGAGCCUGGGAAGAAGCGAAGCAUUGGAGGAUCACUGUGGAAGGAGCAUGGGUACCACCCCAGUCACGGUCACCACAUCAGAGCUCGAAACGUUUCCGGCACAAGCCUGAAAUCGAUCGCGAGCAUCGAUAGUCUUCCCGAUGUGGACCUCGUGUCCCUGGUCGAGCGCAGCAUUGCACUGCGGAACCCACAACAACGCUUAGCCCCGCACUUCUCAACUUCCCCCGUGCUGAGAGCCGUCGAUGCCGGUGUUGGUGCGACUACCAGCCCAGGUACAUCCACUGGAGGUACACCAAAGAUCGGGAUUCAGACCCCUAGUCUCAAGAGCAGCACCAGCUCAGUCAAGGGAGGUGCAGCGUCGGGAAAGCUGCGAGCGUCAACACCGGCAACGCAGAACUCGCCACCUAAGCGGCCACCAACGCCCCGCAAGGUAUCACCCCGACCAACAGCCACGCAUCAACGUUCGUCGUCCGCGAUCCCGAAGACGCUCGAGCGCCCGAUCCUUCCCCACCGCGCAGCCAGCGAUGCAAUGACUGGAGCGACGUCUCGCUCCUUACCGUCCGGUAGCGGCGGCAUGUCUAUGGCGCGCCAGCCCAGCCAGUCGGGGCAGUCGAGAGCGGAUCAUCUGGACCCGUCUCCCAAGCUCGGACCGCGACAGCGGUCCAAGCAGAGUCCUGCCGCGUCAUCGGUCAUCUCCUCGCCUCUCUCGAGCGGCAGUGCGAACGACGAACCCAGCCCACCCUCGUUUGACUUGAACGACGGCGGCAUCCUCACCCCGUGUACCUGUCGCACGAGCUACUUCGCCGAUAAGCGUGCCCCGGCGAUUUGCACUUGCUCCGCUUCGCGGCCUGGUCGCCCCACCCCUGGUCUUGGAUCCGGCGGUCCGAGUGGCGUGGGGAUCACGCAGCGCAGUGCGAGCGCAAGCGCGAGCACGUCAUCCUCCCCUCCCCUAUCGGCCGGCGGCAGCGCCAGCUCGGGCAGUGGCAAGACGGUGCGUCCUGUCCCGAUCUCCGCAACGGCGACGUGCAUGUCAUCAGACGAGGGCGGGCCCGUGCUCAUGCCCAAGACAUCGGGCUCGUUGCAAUCGGCAUGGAGUGCGGAGCGCGCCUCGCGCAAGCUCAAGCAGCAGGAGGGGCGGGUAUGCUUCGACGAAGUCCUCGGCAUCCCGGAAGACAAGCGCGGCUCGGGCCGACGAUGGAGUCUGUGGUAG